GUCAAGUUAAAGAUAAUUUUGGUAUAUAUGAGAAAGGUAUCGACAAAAACCAUAACGCUAUAGAUGAUUGUGAUUUGACAAAAACACCCUCAAAUCAUUGUUUUCAGAGUUUUUUUAGAUAAGGUACAGAUAAGAAACCACCUCUAAAAAUCAAGCAAUAGAUCUCAUCGCUUAAAAGAAGAGAGAGAUCUUCACUUGUAUGUGUCCCACUGAUUCCAACACAAUGUCCCAGAACUUGCCACGUGUCGUUCAUUUCAAAAGAUUGCAGUACUGUUGUCCCUAGAGAAUCAUUAUCUCCCUCGCUGUAAUAUCUUUAUGCUCCUGUCACUUUCUGUCUGUACCCAAAAGAAGUAAUGAACCUCUCUCAUCUUCUUCUUCUCUGUUUCUUUCAUGUUUUGUGAGUUGUUUCUCAACAAUUUUCUGGUCUCUUAGAGUGAGAGGAGAGAGAUAGAGAGUUGUGUUGGGCGUGGAACUUGGACUAGUUCCACAUAUCAGGUUAUAUAGAUCUUCUCUUUCAACUUCUGAUUCGUCCAGAAGCUUUCCUAAUCUGGUCAGUAGUACUCUUUUUAUACGGGUUUUUGGUUUUAUAAGAUGUGGCUAUAUUUGGAAAUAACUAUUUUGCAAGCUUUCCUAGAUUGCCAGAAUAUAAAAAAAGAUGUUUAACAAGAGAACGGACUCAUGGACUUGCUUUAAAUUUUAAUUAUUUUAAAAUCAUUCUAUAAUGAUUAGAGUAAAUAAACUAUUAGGACUCUGAAUUAUAAAAUUCGAUUUUAUAUAUGCUCCUCCUUAGAUCUGACAUGGAACACCAAGGUUGGAGUUUUGAGGAGAAUUAUAGUUUGUCCACUAAUAGAAGAUCUAUCAGGCCACAAGAUGAACUAGUGGAGUUAUUAUGGCGAGAUGGACAAGUGGUUCUGCAGAGCCAAACUCAUAGAGAACAAACCCAAACCCAGAAACAAGAUCAUCAUGAAGAAGCCCUAAGAUCCAGCACCUUUCUUGAAGAUCAAGAAACUGUCUCUUGGAUCCAAUACCCUCCAGAUGAAGACCCAUUCGAACCCGACGACUUCUCCUCCCACUUCUUCUCAACCAUGGAUCCCCUCCAGAGACCAACCUCAGAGACGGUUAAGCCUAAGUCCAGUCCUGAACCUCCUCAAGUCAUGGUUAAGCCUAAGGCCUGUCCUGACCCUCCUCCUCAAGUCAUGCCUCCUCCAAAAUUUAGGUUAACAAAUUCAUCAUCGGGGAUUAGGGAAACAGAAAUGGAACAGUACUCGGUAACGACCGUUGGACCUAGCCAUUGCGGAAGCAACCCAUCACAGAACGAUCUCGAUGUCUCAAUGAGUCAUGAUCGAAGCAAAAACAUAGAAGAAAAGCUUAAUCCGAACGCAAGUUCCUCAUCAGGUGGCUCCUCUGGUUGCAGCUUUGGCAAAGAUAUCAAAGAAAUGGCUAGUGGAAGAUGCAUCACAACCGACCGUAAGAGAAAACGUAUAAAUCACACUGACGAAUCUGUAUCUCUAUCAGAUGCAAUCGGUAACAAGUCGAACCAACGAUCAGGAUCAAACCGAAGGAGUCGAGCAGCUGAAGUUCAUAAUCUCUCCGAAAGGAGGAGGAGAGAUAGGAUCAAUGAGAGAAUGAAGGCUUUGCAAGAACUAAUACCUCACUGCAGUAAAACUGAUAAAGCUUCGAUUUUAGACGAAGCCAUAGAUUAUUUGAAAUCACUUCAGUUACAGCUUCAAGUGAUGUGGAUGGGGAGUGGAAUGGCGGCGGCGGCGGCUUCGGCUCCGAUGAUGUUCCCCGGAGUUCAACCUCAGCAGUUCAUACGUCAGAUACAGAGCCCGGUACAGUUACCUCGAUUUCCGGUUAUGGAUCAGUCUGCAAUUCAGAACAAUCCCGGUUUAGUUUGCCAAAACCCGGUACAAAACCAGAUCAUCUCCGACCGGUUUGCUAGAUACAUCGGUGGGUUCCCACACAUGCAGGCCGCGACUCAGAUGCAGCCGAUGGAGAUGUUGAGAUUUAGUUCACCGGCGGGACAGCAAAGUCAACAACCGUCGUCUGUGCCGACGAAGACCACCGACGGUUCUCGUUUGGACCACUAGGUUGGUGAGCCACUUUUUUACUUCCUUAUUUUUGGUAUGUUUCUUUUUUAUAUCUAUCUUUCUGAACAUACUUAAAACGUUCAAGGAUGUAUUAUUAUAGAGUAAACGUGCAACUUCAUUACGUUAUUUUCUGUAUAUGUGAGUUUAUGUAUGUCAAAAUGACAUGAUGAGAUUUUUUGUAAACAACAUCUUAAAAACAGGACAUGUGAUUUUUGUAAUCGUAAAAACUUUGGGAUGCAGUUUAUUUUCUAAUCAAAA